AGAAGAAGAAGAAGAAGAAGAAGACAUAAACGGGACAAAAGAGCAGCCGUUCGUGUAACUGUUUGUUUAAUGAAUGGACAACAAGCUGCCUUUGUCACUUGGAACUAAUAGCUGGUUUCAAUAUUUUAUAUUGCACGCUACCAGCUGGUUUUUCAGUGAAUAGUGAUGGAGUUGUGGCAGAGGGACAGGCUGUCAGAGCUGGUGGAGGAGCUGACAACAUCAGGACAACCGCAGCUCAACCAGGACAAGCUGAAGGAGAUCAAGAAGAUCUGCAAAGUGUCUAAUGACUGCAUAGACCACGUGUACCACUCAGUGAUGUCCCAGCUCAACCAAGAACAUGCAGAGGUCCGACUGUCUGCCUUUCAGAUCGCCAGUGAGCUCUUCUCCAGAUCACACCACUUCAGAACCCUGUUGGUGGACAACUUUCAGGAGUUCUUGGAGUUGACAGUAGAGACUGACUCAGAGCAGCCCCUCCCCCCUCCUAAAGAUAUAGCCAGGAAGCUGAGGUCCCUUGCCAUCCAGACUGUCCAGUCAUGGCAGACCUCUUAUGGGACUGCUUAUAAGAAGUUAGCACUGGGUUACCACUUUCUCAAACAGGUUAAGAAGGUGGACUUCCAGGAUGCUGAGGCCAGGACGGUAGCUGAGAGGAGGAGGGAGGAGGAGAGACAGAGGAGAAUGGAGAGGAUCUACAAGGAGAGAGUGGAGGCAGCCUCCAAAGACAUGGAGGAGUCAUACCAGGAAAUGGAGGCAACGCUGAUAGAGAUGGACUCCUGUAUGAGGCUGCUUUUCCCUGAGUUUGACCUUGCAGACAUCCAGACAACCAUCAGCAGCCCUCCAAACUCCCAACCAGCCAAUGAAUAUCCAUCAAUUGAUGAACAGCCUUGUUGCAGCAAAGACCUAAGGAAUGACAGGAGAGAAGGGAUGAUACAAGAGGAGGUCAGCAGGGAAGAAGAGAACAGCAAUGUGGAGGGAAAGAGAGGAAAGGAAGACAAAGGAAUGACAGAGGAGAUGAGAAACAGCAGGAGGGAGGAGAAGAAAGGGAAGGAAAAGGAGAGGUCUGGCGAUGAGGAGGGGGAGGAUAAAGAGAGGAGGGAUGGAAAUGAGCAGGUGGAGAAGAAGGGAGAGGAGGUAGAAGAUAGGGAACAAAAGAAGCUAGAUAUGAAGGAAGCGCAGAGUAAGGGAGAGGAGGAGGAAGACGAGGAUGGAAGUGGUGAUGAAGAAGAGGAGGAACCUCUUUGUGAAGACUUGUUUAUUCGGAACUCUGGGCUCAUCUCUCACUCCUACAGUCUGGACCUGAACCUCAUUCCUGGGCUUCAUGUUAAGGAGACAGAGGAUAAUGAGGCAGUGGUUUCCACGGUGAUAGACCUCCAUAGACUGAUAAAAACCAAACACCUACCAGCUGUGCAGGGCUGGGUUCAGGUUUUCACCAAGUCAGGUGCUGAGCAGCAGCUGCUAAGCAGAGCGCUGGAUCUGAAGAGGUCUUUGGAAGCUGCCCUGCAGAAACACAAAGAGCUUCACAUUGAUUACAAGACCAGGGUCCACAAAGUAAUGAAGGCUUCUUCAGGAGGAGAGGAGGAGGAGGAUGAUGAUGACGAUGAUGACUUCGAUGAGGUUCCAGAGAAAGAGGGAUAUGAGCUGCACAUUCCAGAGCAUCUGCGAGCCGAGUAUGGUUUGGAUCCAUUUCCUUCCACCUCAACACCACCAGUCACAAAAAAAAACCCUGCUAAAAGACCCACAGUUCUGCCCCUUCCAUCCUCUUCCUCCUCCAGGCGGUUAAAGCAACUUACAGAGGAGGAGCAGGAUCCAACAUGUGCAGCCGCCACACUGCACCACCUCAGACAGAACCUCCCUCUGCCUGCAGAAUCCAGCAGCAGCUCCUCAGGUCUUAAUUCAGACCAGAAGGCUGUUGGGGCUCCUGUGGUUCCGUUUGGUUUGGAUCUGUACUACUGGGGCCAGGAGCAGCCUAACGCUGGCAAGAUCUUCAAGUCAGCUUCUCAGCAUCAGUUCUGGGUUCACGCUGAGAUGGAGGAGGAGGUAGAGAACAAGGAGCUGCUGGCAGAGAGCAGGAGCAGAUACAUCUCCUUCCCUGGGAGUUUCACUCCUGUCAGCCAUUAUUGCAGAGCUCCACUGGGCAAUGGAAAGCUGUGUCAGAGACAGGACCGCUACAAGUGUCCUUUCCAUGGCCAGAUCAUUCCUCGAGACCAGGAGGGUCGACCCUGCAAACAGGAGGACCGAUUGAGGGAGGAGCAGGAGGAGAGGAGGAAGAGGGAGGAGCAUCCAGACUGGCGUGAUGCAGAGCUGAUGCGAGACAUCGAGGUGGCAACAGGAGAAAACCUGGGUUCUGACAGGGUUGGUAAAAAAGGGAAAGGGAAAAAGAAGAAAUACCCCAACCUCAGUGAUCUGAAGCAGAGCACCAACACUUCCCGCUAUAGGCUGGAGAAAAAAGUCUUCAACAAGAGCACCAUACGCAGAGUAGCUCAGGUGAUGAGUAAAGCUGACAGGAGAAAACAUGAGAAGUUCUCCAACCAGUUCAACUAUGCUCUGAAUUGACCUCCAGCCAGUUCAAUAUGAACUGCUUCUAUAAGACUUCAGAUUUUAAUUUAUUGAUAUGCAUAGUAUGUGGAUCUAUUCAAGAGAUUAAGAUGAUUGAAUGGUUGUUUGAACACUGUGAUACAGUUGGAAUACUUUUGUUGCUCUUUGAUAACCUUUUAAUGAGAUGCUGAACUGAACUGACUGAUGAAUAACAACCAGGUACCAGAACAGUUGUUCAGCUUAAUAUUGCCUCUGUAUCAGCCAAAUCCAUUUUUCAUUAUGUAUAACUGACAGAUGUUUUACCAGGAUUUUCUGGUUGAAUUUAUUGUUUAUAUUUGUUUUGUGUUUUGGGGCAUUAAAUGAACAUCAUCCAGGUUAAUAAACUUUGUACCAGAAGUAAACUGUAAA